UGGUAAAUUCACCCAAUAUUAGCUUGGAAACAAAUCGGCUCAACUUUCCAAUUCACAUUGUAGAAAAUUCACUUCCCCUCCGUCAUUGCCGUGUUUGACGUCAAGUCAUACACUCUAUACAUACAAUUCCUGUGUACGUAUAGAGGACGGGGAUGGUUUCUAUGGCGUUUAUAUAAACGACGAGGUACCUCUCUCUCUCAAUAUACUCUCAUAUGCGUAUUGUAUGGCUUACCUGCUUCUCGUUUGGCCUUCAUUUUCCGGCGACAGUUUGAUCGACAGAGGAGUGACGUUUGUAUGAUCAGAGCACCGGCAGCAGUCAAAGUCGGCAGAGCUUCGGCGAUUAUUGAUCGACGGGGAAGAGAUUAUGAGAGGCGCGGGCCGUGCGGCGAAUGAGGAUGUGAUGAGAAGCGCGAACCACGCACACCACGCACUCGAGACUAUCACCGCUGCUGCAACUGCGAUCGCUUCGGCCGAGAAUCGUGCGUCGCAAGCUUCGGUUCAGAAGAGACGAUGGAGAUGCUGUUUUAGCAUAUAUUGGUGUUUUGGAAUGAAAAAACAGAACAAAAGAAUUGGACAUGCAGUCUUUGAUCCUGAAACAAGAAGAGUACCUGGAGAAGGUGGUCUGCCUCAACCUGAUAACCCAACUCAAACUACAACCACUUUCUCACUCCCUUUUGUUGCACCCCCGUCAUCUCCUGUAUCUUUCCUCCAAUCAGAGCCUCCUUCUGCUACCCAAUCACCUGGUGGCAUGAUAUCAUUUUCAUCCAUGUCUGCAAACAUGCUGUUGUACUCCCCCGGUGGACCUGCUUCGAUAUUCUCAAUGGGGCCAUAUGCUCAUGAACCCCAGCUAGUUUCCCCUCCGGUUUUCUCAACCUUCACCACAGAACCUUCCACGGCUCCCUUCACUCCUCCUCCUGAGUUGGUCCACUUGACAACCACUCCAUCUUCACCUGAGGUUCCUUUUGCUAAGCUUCUUGACCCGAACUUCCAAAACGGUAAUAUGUUUCCACUUACACCAUGUGAAUUUCAUUCAUAUCAAUUACAACCGGGAAGCCCAAUCAGCCGUUUGCUUUCUCCUGCCUCGGCAAUUUCUGGCUCAGGGACCUCAUCCCCUUUCCCUGACCGUGAGUUGUUCUAUCCGUUGGGACCCACAUCUCAUGACGUCACUCCUCUUCGGAGCUCAUAUAAUAACAGUAGGAGGAAUGGGCAGGUGGCUUUAAAUCACAGAGUUUCAUUUGAGGCGAGCACUGAAGAUUCUUUGAGGUGCAUGGAGAAAAUGUCAAGAAUGUUGUCCGAGGCUGGAUUAUUAGUCUCUACUGAGAAUGGACAGGAAAAGGAAUCCAACACUACACUUACAGUCAAAUCUCCAGGGGAAGAAGUGGAAAGAGGUUCUGGAGAUGGGAAUGAUGAAAAGCGGGACGAGAUGAACCCGUCUGCGACUCUAGAGGAAUUUAACUUUGAUAACGUGAAUGAAGAAACAGUAGCAGAAACGGUUAGUGUUGUUGGGUGGGAGAACGAGAAGGGGAUGGGGGAGGGUGGGGUUGGACCUUGCCCCCAGAACUGGUCUUUCUUUCCAAUGAUGAUGCAGCACUACAGCAGCCAGGGUAAAAGUUGACUUGGAUAGGGAACCAGGAAAGUAAGCACAGGGUAGCAUUUUGAAUGAAGGGGGAUGUUUUUGAAGCACUUCCUGACAAUGUAUAUAUAUUAGAAGAAGGGAUAAGUUGGGAAUCAUUUUGGCUCUAAAAGAAAAUGGGUAAUCAUCAUCCCGGUACGUAGGUUAUCUUCUACACAGAGAUCUUCCAAUCCUAGAAAACGAAUAAGAGAUGGAUUAGCAGCGGCAGUCAUUAGAAUAUCCUGUGAAACGAACUGUCGAUGGACAUAUCAAUUUUAGGUGAGAAGAAAGCUACGCCCCAAUGUCAUUUUGUAUAAUAUAUACUACGUAUGAUUUAUGAGACUAGGCCAGGAAAAACUCUUGUAGAAUUAUGCAGGAUAAUAAUAAGUCUAAUUUCUC